AUGUCCUGGAAGAAGACGGAACAGUUAAUGGAAACCAUCAAGCAUUACUCCAGCUUCCCAGCGACCGGGGUAAGUCUUAGGCAGAUGGUCCAAUUUGGAGAAAGGCCAUCAACAGACAUGAUUGACAAUAGUAAAUUUAUAGGAACCCUCUUCCAGGCCUCCCAAUUUCUUUCCGAAGAGUUGCCCAUACGACUUGCACACCGUGUUCAAGAAUUACAAGAACUACCUGAUGGAUUGAAUGAAAUGCCGUCAAUAAAGAAGGUCCGCGACUGGUACGCGCAAUCAUUCGAGCAAAUUACAACCCUUCCAAAACCACAUAUUUCCAUAGAUGUUCGCAAUCGACUAACACGAUCAUCCUGGACAAAGAGCAAGUCAUACCAGCUGGUAGCAGGAGUAAGAAGCAGUUACGACCCGAUGAGUGAGCGAUGCAACUCGCAUUUGUGGCAUGAAGACACUGCUACUAAGGAUGUUGUAAUGGACGGAAAGAAAGUAAUCGGGAAGAGAAGAUACUUUGCAGUGGUAGAAGACUCUAAUGGCUGGCCCCCUGAGCUUCACGACUACAACCAACGAUUUGGAAAUACAUUAAAUUCUAUUAAGCGACGACAUGACAGUGUUGUUACAACAGUAGCUCAGGGAAUCUUAGAGUACAAACGGAAGCGGCAGCGUAUGCGAAUUGACCACAAUAUUCAAGCCUUUCUGGAUCGUUUUUACAUGUCUCGAAUAGGAAUACGUAUGCUCAUAGGGCAGCACAUUGCCUUGACGGACCCUAGCUGUAACAAAGAUCCUACUUAUGUGGGAAUUAUUUGUACCAAGACUAACGUUCGAGACCUUGCCGAAGAAGCCAUAGAAAAUGCUCGAUUUGUCUGUGAGGAUCAUUAUGGACUAUUUGAUGCGCCAAAGGUUCAAUUAGUUUGUCCCCCUGAGCUUAAUUUUAUGUACGUUCCUGGGCAUUUAUCGCAUAUGCUCUUCGAGACACUAAAAAAUUCCCUACGAGCUGUAGUCGAAACACACGGGCAGGAUAAAAAGGAUUUCCCCGUGACAAAAGUGGUGGUAGCAGAGGGAAAGGAGGAUAUUACUGUCAAAAUAUCUGAUGAAGGGGGUGGUAUACCUCGAAGUGCCAUACCACUCGUGUGGACAUAUAUGUAUACUACCGUUGAUACCACGCCAAGCUUAGAUCCUGACUUUGACGAAAAUGAUUUUAAGGCUCCCAUGGCUGGGUUCGGAUACGGCCUACCAAUUUCUCGGCUAUAUGCACGAUACUUUGGAGGAGACUUGAAGCUAAUCAGCAUGGAAGGGUAUGGUACGGAUGUUUAUCUUCACCUUAACCGACUUUCUAGCUCAUCAGAACCCCUUCAAUAG